UGCUCCUCAACUUCUCUCCUUUUUGGGUUUCUUCUCUGCAAUCUGCUUUCUUGGUUCUCUGCUCGUUUUUCUUUCUUUGUUUCACAUGGCGGAGGGUUUAGACGACGGCGAGUUUUGCCUUCCUCCUCGGUUUUUAACCUACGACGACUUGUUCGUGGACAAGAGUGAAGCUAAGAGCAAUAACACCAAGAAACUGGAGGACGGGUUCGGGUCUGGAUUAUUUGGUUUCGCUUCGGAUCCAAGUUCUCCAUUUGAGUCAGUGGUGGGUUCUACAGAGACUGAGAGCGACGAAGAGGAUUAUCUCACUGGUUUAACUCGUCAAAUGGCUCACUCUACUCUCGAUGAUGGUGCUCCCCCAAACGGCCGUGCUUUUACGUCUGAAAACCCUAAGGGUUGGGGGUUUUCAAGUUCGCCGCAAUCUACCUUAUGUCCGUUGAAGAGCGGAUGCGGUUGCAUGCAAGGAUCUAGCCGUGUUGGCUCUACUUUUCCGUCUCGAAUUUUGUCGUCGCCGGCAACAUCUGAUCUGCUUUAUGCGGCGGCAGAGGAAGUUGCUAGGAUGAGAAUGACUGAAGAAGCUUACGGUGGAAUCAACAACAGAGGCCUUUUGCGUUCACCGGCGACAAUAUUCUCUCAGAAAGUCGACGUUUCUGGCGUUUGCCCAUCUCCUCAGCGGCUUUCUCACCAGAAGCUGCAGGCCGCUCGAUUUCAGAUUCUGAAGGAACAUCUGCUAAUGAAACAACAAAAGCAGAAACAACAGCAACCGCACAACCAUCCCCAGGUGGUCCAAGGCAGAGUGAGGAUCAACAACGGUAUUAAUAGGCCUAUGGGUUUGUUCCCCUCUGCAUGGUCCCCUCUGCAGCAGCAAAACCAGAAGCCAAACGGGUCGGCUAUGCGGGCUGUUUUCUUGAACAAUCCAACUGCCAAAAGGGAAUGUGCUGGAACUGGUGUCUUCUUCCCUCGCCGUAUUGGUGCACCUCCUGAACCCCGCAAGAAGCAAGCUGCUUCUCAUACUGUUCUGCUUCCGGCUAGAGUGGUUCAGGCCUUGAACUUGAACCUCGAUGAGAUUGGAGCUCAACCCCAGCUUCAUACUCAGUUUAUCCCAAAUUCUGCUGCUGACACUGAUUCUGUUUUGAAACUUCGAAGUGGUGGGAACGUGUUAGGCAACCAAAAGCCACGCAAUUUCAGGCAACAAGGAAUGAACCAUGAUGUGGGGUUGCCUCAGGAAUGGACGUAUUGACUCAACUGUCUCAUAUCUGCUAGUGGUUGACUAAUUCUCUCUAGGUUUCUUUUUGGGAGUUGAGGAAGAGGGAAAGAUGUUAGUGUUUGGUUAUAGGGAAAUAGUGUAGAAAGUAUAGGGUUUUUAAGAGUGAAAAAGAUCUCUGGGUUAGUAAGAAGACGAUGAAAGGGUCGUUUUGGGGGAAAAUAAUGUAAGAACUUCUAGUUUAUGAAGCACAGCUUUUGCUUGGGGCUAGGAAAACACAAUUAGGCUUUUGUAAAUCUGGGAUUUGGGUCAAUAAGUUGACGGUGAAAAAUGUUGAAUGAAAUGAAUGCGGACAGUAUUUUGUCCAUCGUCUGCACCA